AAUUUGUAUCCUGGCGUAACUUAAAUAAAUUAUUAUAUUGUAUGACAGAAUUAUUAACUUAAAACAGAUAAUAUUUAAAUGUUAUGAUAGUAUAACAAGUUUCCUAGGAAACCAAAACUUAUUUCUAUGUAUUUAUUGAGAAAAAUAAGAGAUAUAAAGAACUUCAGUUUAGUUUUUAUUUAGUUUUUUAAUAUAUGUUUACUAUAGUAGAACAGUUUUCUAUUCAUCUAGUACAAAAGCCAAUUUAGUUAAUACAAAUAUACAAACGAAAUUCCAUAUCUUUUCAUAAACUGAAAAAUUUUAAUAUUAUUAUUUUAAAUUUUGGAUACUAAGUAAGUUCUAAUCCAAGAAUCAUGCGUCCAUCACUAGUAAAGAGAACACUUUCUAAAGUGGCAGAAGUAUCAAAAGAACCAGCAAGACAUAUAAGCUUCUUGAAGAGCCGUGUGGAUCUAGGUGGUGGUGAUAUGGAUUGGUUACGAGGAAGAGUUUUCUUAAAACCAGAAGAUCAACUAGUAUUAACAGAUGCAGAAUUACAAGAAGAGAUUGCAAGAGUUCUGACUAUACAUAACACAAGAGUUCCAGAUUCUUUAGUUGAGUGGUCAUGGAAAUUAAAAAGUUUCAUAUUAUUACCUCCUCCACCACAUUUAAUAACUGUUCUAAGUGUUCCUGGAUCACUAUUGCAUAAAGAUUCUGAAGAAGCUAGAAUACAAUUGGCAGGAGGACUUGUUGUGGAUACUCCUUUUGAAGAAGCCAUAUUACAUGAUGAUGAGGAAGAAAGAGAAGAAGAAGAGGAAGAAGAUGAAGAAGAAGGAGUAGAUGUUGAAGAGCAAGAAGAACAUGAACCUGAACCUGACCAUGAAGAUGAUCAUGAAGAAGAAAGAGUAAAACCAAAAAAAAUACCAAAUCAAUUUAACUUUUGUGAAAGAGCUGCUUUAACUUAUACCAAUCCUAUGCGAGAAAUGAGUACCCAAACAAUACCACCUCCAACAGAGACAUUUAAUACCCAUGUUUUUCAAUGGACAAUUUUUGAUGAAUAUCAGGAAGAUUUUGCUCAACAACAACGUGAAAGAGAAAGAGAAAGAAGAAUUCCAUUUCUACAACUGAAGAAGGAGGAUAUGAAGAAAAAAGCUCAAACUGAAUCCACAGCAUUAACAUCUAGAAUGUUACAAGCUGCAAAAACAUUGGAACGAAUGGUAAAUCAAAAUAUUUUUGAUGAAAUAGCACAAGAUUACAGAUAUUGGGAUGAUCCAAGUGAUGAAUUUAAAGUUGGAGAAGGUUCAUUACUACCUUUAUGGAAAUUUCAUUAUGAAAAAACCAAGAAACAUGAUGUUACAGAUUUAUGCUUCAAUAGUAGAUAUUAUGAUUUAUUUGCAGUUUCAUAUGGGACAAUGUCAUUUAGUAAUUCGAUAAUAGAUGGAACAGUAUGCUUAUUUAGUUUAAAAAAUCCAUCAUAUCCAGAGUGGAUCUGUCCAACAGAAUCUCCCGUAAUGUGUUUAGACUUCAGUGAACAACAUCCACAUCUUUUAGUUAUUGGUACUAUGGAUGGUGCUGUUGCUGUUUAUAAUAUUAUGUUGCCACCUACAGUCCCUCAAUAUAGAAGCAAUGAUGUUGUUCAAAAACAUGGAGGUAUUGUGUGGGAGGUACAUUGGGCACCAGACACGGAAGAAGGUAAUUUAGCAUUCUACAGUGUUAGCAUUGAUGGAAAAGUAAACUACUGGAUAUUAAGUGAAAAUAAUCUUGGUUUGACAACUGUGAUGACCCUUUUUCUGGACAGACCACCAAUACCUGGACCAGAUGGUACUAUAAUUACACUUAAGGGUUGUGGAACAUGUCUAGCAUUUCACCCUGCAGAUCAAAAUGUAUUCUUGGUAGGAACAGAAGAAGGAACAAUUUAUAAGUGCAAUACAGCAUAUAGUAGUGUUUAUAUGAGAACUUAUAAUGAAGCACACAAUAUGCCAGUCUACCGGAUAGUAUUUAAUAAAUUCAAUUCCAGCAUAUUUGCAAGUUGUUCUGGUGAUUGGAGAAUAAAAAUAUGGGAAGAUGAUAGGAUGGAACCCUUAUUUAUGUUUGAUCUUGGCGUUCCCAUUGGAGAUGUUCAAUGGGCACCAUAUAGUUCAACAGUAUUAGCUUGUGUUUCAAAUGAUGGGAAAGUUACAGUAUUUGAUUUGAAUGUAAAUAAAUAUCGACCAAUAUGUAGUCAACCAGUUGUUAGCAGAAAAAAAUAUAAACUAACUAGACUUGCAUUUAACAAUAAAUUACCAUUCAUUAUAGUGGGCGAUGAUAAAGGUACCAUAAAUACAUUGAAAUUGUCACCAAACCUUAGAUUAAAAGUAAAACCAACUAAGAGGCAACUUCAUUUGACAGAUAGAGAAUUAGAAAUUAUGAAAUUAGAAAGAUUAUUAAGUUUUGUACGUGAACCAGCUAUUUUACCACCACCAAAAGAUAUAAGGGUAGAAAUCUAAGCCAUACUUUUAAUCACAAAUAUAUUUGCAUAUGCUUUUUUAAAAUAAAAUCUGUUUAGAUAUGAAAAUUAUAUAUUGCAGAUAAUAAUGAUAAUCAUCACUAUUGUAUAAUACUAUAAUAAAAAAUUAUAAUAUUCUCUAAUUUUUUGUAAA